CUCCCCCCCGCGGAGCCCGAGCCAGGUUCUGGGUUCUGUCCUGUGGUUGCCAGGCAACGCCUCCCAGCGCCAGGCGUACGCGGCCGCCUCGCUAGCGCCGCGAGCCCUGAGAGAAGCCUCUUAGUCGGCCUCUAGCCAUGGCCUCGCUGCGCACCGCCGACCCCGCGCUGAGGAACUACUUCAAGCAGAACUGCAUUCCUCAGGUCUUCGAGGCACUUUUAUGCGGUGUAAUUAUUAACCGCCCCGAGGAUCCACUGAAAUAUUUAGAGGAAAUGAUCAUGGUUAUCAUUGAAAAUGGCCUGGAAAGUCUUCUUUGGAAUAUGUGCAUUGAUCCAUCAUUGAAGCCAAAAAUUCGAAGAUUAUCUGAAACUUACCUUGAACAACUUUUUGGACUGGAUGAUCAGCUGAUGACUCCAGAAUUGAUGAUAAAAGCAUGCACCUUUUACACUGGACAUCUAGUAAAGAUCCAUUUUUGCACAUGGAGAGACACAGCAAUAUCUCGUGUAAGUGAAGAAGACGUCCUGGCUGAAAAAAUGAAAAGAGCAAUAACAUAUUAUAAUUCUAGACUUCAAAAAUCUUUAUUUCAUCAGUGGUGCUCUUAUGUAGAAAAGCAAAAAGAAAAAUUUGACGAUGCGGUACUGGGGGUACAGCACAUACUCCAUUACAGUAAGCUAAAAAUGAUCCUAAAAAAAUGGAAGGAACAAGCAAGAAAUAAAUGUAAAAAGAGAGAACAAGACCUGAUAUCAAAACAUGAAAUUCAGUUGAGAAAAUGGAAAAGUAAGUUAAAAUUGAAAACAACUGAAGAAAGUGCAGAGGAAGAAGAGGCAGAAGAAAUAUCUCUUUCUCUUGAGCAAAGUUUGUCUGAAGUCAGCCUUGUACAUGACACUUCACAAUGUGACAUUUCACUGUUACCUGAAAGAGCAAUAUUACGGGAUGAAUUAAUGAGACACAUUUCCGAAGGCUGCCCUGGCAUCCUGUAUCUCAAUCUCUCUAACACGGCCAUCACCAACAGGACGACGCGACUCCUGCCCAGGUACUUCCACAACUUACAGAAUCUUAGCUUGGCUUACUGCCGAAAGUUCACAGACAAAGGUUUACAGUACCUGAACUUGGGGAAAGGAUGCCACAAGCUCAUCUACCUGGACCUUUCCGGCUGCACCCAGAUUUCAGUCCAAGGCUUCAGGAACAUUGUGAACAGCUGCACUGGAAUCAUCCACAUGACCAUGAAUGACAUGCCCACCCUGACGGACAACUGUGUGAAAGCUUUAGUGGAGAAGUGCCAAUGUAUUACAUCAGUGGUUUUCAUUGGUUCACCACAUAUCUCUGAUUGUACUUUCGACCCUCUUUCUGUGUGUAGCCUCAGGAAGAUACGAUUUGAAGGAAAUAAAAGGAUCACUGAUGCAUCUUUCAAAUUUAUAGACAAGAAUUAUCCAAAUAUCAAUCACAUCUACAUGGCCGACUGCAAGGGAAUAACAGAUGGUAGCCUCAAGUCACUUUCGCCUUUGAAGCAACUGACUGUGUUGAAUUUGGCAAACUGUGUAAGGAUUGGUGAUACAGGACUAAAGCAAUUUCUCGAUGGUCCUUCAAGUAUCAAGAUAAGAGAGCUCAAUUUAAGUAACUGUGUGCAUCUGAGUGACGUCUCUCUUGUGAAACUCUCAGAGCGCUGCUCAAAUUUAAACUACUUGAGUUUACGAAAUUGUGAACAUUUGACUGACCAAGGAAUUGAAUGUAUUGUAAACCUCUCUUCCAUGGUAUCGCUAGAUCUCUCUGGAACAGUCAUUUCUAAUAAGGGACUGAUAGCACUUUCCAGACAUAAGAAACUGAAGGAACUUUCUUUAUCAGACUGUUGUAAAAUCACCAAUGUUGGAAUUGUGGUAUUCUGCAAAAGCUCAAUGAUCUUGGAACACCUGGAUGUCUCUUACUGCCCCCAGCUGUCCAAUGAGAUUGUUAAAGCGCUGGCCAUCUACUGUGUUAGCCUCACAUCUCUCAGCAUCGCAGGCUGUCCACAGUUUACAGACUCAGCGAUAGAGUUCUUGUCAGCAAAAUGCCAUUAUCUGCACAUUUUGGACAUCUCCGGUUGCGUCCUGCUUACUGACCAAAUCCUCAAGGACCUCCGGAGGGGCUGCAAACAACUCCGGAUCCUCAAGAUGCAGUACUGCAGACAGAUUUCCAUGGAGGAGGCUCACAGAAUGGCGUUGGUCAUUCAGCAGCAGGAGUACAGCUCCGACGACCCUCCACCCUGGUUCAGAUACGACUGGGAAGGCAAGCCUCUGCCAGAGCCUCAGGAUCUAACAGCACCCAAGGAUGACACAAACUUCAAGGCAGAAGAGUCACCACAGCAUAAUGAAAAGGAAGCAGUAUGACUUUCGGCCUCAAGCAGGAAAAACAAAAAAUCUAGAGCUUGGCAACUUUUCUUCAUUUGAUGUAAGUAUUUUUACUAACUGUACCACACCAACCAUGUAAACAAACAGCAAAUCAUCUCCUGAUUCUUAUUCCAGCUACAACUGUUUCUAAAUACAUCAUUAUUUCUUCUGUCUAAACAAUGACGAUUCUUAGACUUAAUUCAAUCAAACUGAUAGCUUUGAUAAGAUUAUAAAAUCUAAGGUGACAGUUACAGGAAAUAACCCUGAAAUAUGUGACUUUUUGGACAAGGAAUUUAGAAGUUUCUCUCUGGGCAGGAAAGGAGAGAUAGCCAUAAAAGUCAGAGUAAAAAUUUGAAC